GAAAGGGGUGAAAGGUCAGGUCAAAGGUCGACUUCAAGACGAGGCUACGAUAUUUCCGGAAAGUUUUAAUUCAGGUGUAUCAGGGGGUCCAUGUAGAUAGACUGAACUACUACAUUCAAUAUUAUCAAUCACGUAUGGAGUAAAUAAGAUUUAUUCAUCAAUAAAAUCAGAAUUACAUUGUAAUGAUAGAUUUUGAACUACAUCACAUGUAACAGAAUUCUGACAGUCAGUGAAAUACAUCUACAAAACGUGACUGUCACAGCUGUAAAAUGGCGACCCCAGGUCCUGGAGGUAGUAUGUUUAGGAUGAUGGAUGAAAAGAUGCCUAAACAGAAGAAACUAGAUCUGAAGACAACACACACAGGAAAUAAGCAGAAGCAAGGUAAAAUUUCUGAGACACCAACAUCGGGAAGACCAUGUCAAGAACAUUCAUUCCUCACAGAUGUGGCAGAUGUUCGCCAGAUGGAGCAAGGACUUUUACAACUAUUGGAUGAUUUUCAUUCAGGCAAAUUACAAGCAUUUGGUCAAGAAUGUCCAUUUGAGAAAUUGGAUGAGGUGAGGGAACAACAAGAAAGACUGGCGAGACUUCACUUUGAGGUAGACAGUCAACAAGAUCUACAGGGCCUACAAUCUCCAGAAGCCAGAAAGGCGGCUAACGAAAAUAUGACACAAUUAAUGGACAAUUUGCAGGAACUCUGCACUUCAAUACAAAGUCUACAAAAAAGUGGCAUGGCAACGGACAGAGCAACAACACCAUCCAAACCUAGCUGAUGACAGGGUUCCCCCUCUGGUCAUGUGUAUGGAUGUGGGAACAAAUGUGAUAAAGACAAUGUAUGUGGAUAAAUCUCAUAAUAUGUUACGUCACAGUUGACCAUUUAGUAUU